ACUGAACUUCUGGAAAGGCGGGCACGCUUUAAUUCACUGGAGAAAUGUGCACUUCUGCCCAAAUUCACUUUGCUAUACAUCAGAGCUGGGAACAGAAAUGAUCAGUUGCUUUAAAUGAGAGGAUUAAGAGAAAUUCAUACCAGGACUUGGACAUUGGUUCACUGUUGGAACUUGGUACUGCUGCAUAAUGGGUUAUAAAGUGAGAUCUGCGCAUUUUGUCCUGUGCUUCACGCUUCUCCGUGUGUUUAGUGCAGCACAAGAUGAAGAUAUAAGAAGUUGUAGGACGGCACCAUGUGAUUUGGUAUUCAUUCUAGAUGGAUCAUGGAGUGUUGAAGAUGUAAACUUUGAAAUUGUAAAGCGAUGGCUUGUCAACAUUACCACAAGCUUCAAUAUUGGACAAAAGUUUACCCAGGUUGGAGUUGUCCAGUACAGUGAUGACCCUGUCCUAGAAAUACCUCUGGGGAAAUUCUUGUCGAACAACGACCUCAUCGCAGCAAUGGAAUCCAUAGAGUACAUGGGGGGAAACACAAGGACAGGAGCAGCCAUUAAGUUUGCAACUGAGAAACUGUUUGAUCUUUCUGAACGCAGCUCCACAGGGGUUUCCAGAAUUGCUGUUGUCCUUACAGAUGGGAAGUCUCAAGAUGAGGUCUUGAAAGCAGCUGAGGUAGCACGGAAAAAAGGAGUUAUUCUCUUUGCAAUUGGAGUUGGUUCAGAAACAGAACAGUCUGAGUUGAGGGACAUUGCAAACAAGCCAUUUUCAACUUACGUCUUCUCAGUUGAGGACUAUAAAGCUAUUUCCAGGAUCCAACAGGUCAUCCGACAGAAACUGUGUGAAGAAACUGUUUGCCCAGCAAAAAUUCCUAUCAACUCCCGCGCCGAGAAGGGUUUUGAUGUCCUGUUACAUUUGAAUUUAGCCAAAAAGGCAAAGAAAACCCAAGGAGCGUUUUAUGGCACUAAGGCCUACGAAGUAACAUCUCGUCUCGACUUGAGCGAAGCUACAAGGUUUCUGUUUCCUGAUGGCCUGCCUCCAUCGUAUGUUUUUGUGGCCACUUUGAAGUAUAAAGGUUCUGUGGUGUUAGAAGAGUGGGACCUGUGGAGAGUACAGACACGUGAUGGGAAACCACAGAUGGCGGUAACUCUAAACGGGCGAGACCAAACUGUGAUGUUCACCACGACCAGCGAAGCACCGAGUGGGACUCAAACAGUUGCCUUUUCGCAGCACACAACAAGGAAACUUUUUGAUGAGAAUUGGCACCAACUGAGGCUACUUGUCACUGAAGAGGAUGUUACACUUUACGUGGAUGAUCUGGAAAUUGAAACCCUUUCCUUGGAGCCCCCUGUUGGCAUUUUCAUCAAUGGAAAAACCCAAGUUGGAAAAUAUGUUAGAAAAGAAACAACAGUACCAUUUGAAGUUCAGAAACUGCGCAUCUACUGUGACCCUGAGCAGAAUAACCGAGAGACUGCUUGUGAAAUCCCUGGAGUUUGCUCCAAUAGUGCUGAUUACAUUGAACCAACACAAGAGCCAUGUACUUGUCCUCCCGGAGCCCCUGGAUCUCCAGGCACCAAGGGAGAACAAGGAAACAUGGGCAAACCUGGUCAGCCUGGACCUGCUGGUGCUGAUGGUAAGCCUGGACUCCCUGGUAUUAGAGGAAAUCCAGGUCUGCCAGGCCCACCGGGAGUAAAGGGCCCACAUGGAGCAGAUGGGUACAAAGGGGAGCAGGGGAGGCCUGGUGUUGUGGGUGAAAUGGGUCCACCUGGAUUACCAGGAACACCUGGAAAAUCAGGAGAAAAGGGCUCAGCAGGAUCCCCAGGAAUACCAGGGCUACCAGGAAAAGCUGGCCAAAUCGGAGCGAAAGGAAACAUGGGACCCCCUGGGCUGCCAGGUUAUACAGGAGAACGCGGCUCAGCUGGACGAGAUGGAAAGGAUGGAUUUCCAGGGAGACCUGGACAAAAGGGAGAACCCGGGGCCAGGGGAAUCCCAGGUGCUGAUGGAAGAGCCAGCCAUCCAGGUAUGCCUGGCUUGCCAGGAAUUGCUGGUGUAAAUGGACAAAAGGGGGAAGCUGGUUUGGCCGGCCCAAGGGGCUACAAAGGAACAGCUGGACCACCCGGUGAGAUAGGUUUCCCUGGUGCACCUGGCCCAAAAGGACCAACUGGACCAAAGGGAAAUAAGGGUGAAAAUGGAACUCCUGGUUUGCAAGGCAUGGCAGGACCUGUGGGGAGUGCAGGAGAACAAGGAAUGGCAGGUCAGCCGGGACAUCCAGGCCUACCAGGCCUCAAGGGCAUCAAGGGACAAAGAGGAAAUCCGGGUGAAAGAGGAGACACGGGAAUGAAAGGUGUAAAAGGAGAGCGUGGUCAUCCAGGAGAUCAUGGUUUGGCUGGCCCAGUGGGACUCAAAGGGGAGAAAGGGAUAGCAGGGGAUCUGGGCCAGAGAGGUCCAGAAGGUCAAGUUGGACGCCCUGGACAGCCGGGUCAGACUGGUCCUGCUGGACCAAGAGGAUUGCGUGGGGACACAGGACCUCCUGGCCCUGCUGGAGCUGAAGGACGGCCUGGAAGUGAAAUAUUGGAGACACGCAUCCGACAGAUUUGCAGAGAGGUUCUACAGUCUGAGUUCCCUUUGCUGAUGGUGAACAACCAGCAGAGUAGCUGUACCAAAUGCCACAGCCAUCCAGGAUCUCCUGGUCCACCAGGUCCAACUGGUACCCAGGGGUUUAGGGGUCUUCCUGGACUUCCUGGUUCGAGGGGACCGCCAGGCCAUCCCGGACGACCAGGGCACCCUGGUGUUAAUGGGAUGAAAGGAGAACCAGGCAUCAAGGGUGAGAAAGGGAACCCGGGCCGAACCAAAAUUGGAGAUCAAGGACCACCUGGACCUCCUGGCCCAAUGGGUCCUCCAGGUUAUAGUAAGCAAGGUCCUCCUGGUAAUCCAGGACCUCCUGGGCUAAAUGGAGCAGAGGGUAAAAGCGGUAACCCCGGUAUCCCUGGUGAUCCUGGGGUGUGUGAUCCUUCCAUGUGCUAUGGACGCAUGAUGAGGAGGGAUCCUUUCAGCAAGGGGCCAAACUAUUGACGUCAUACAGCAGCAGUGCACACACCAGAAAAAAGCUGUUGUGGAAGAAACAGGCAUUCUCAGGAAGAUCUAAUUUUUUUUGGCGUCUAUGCUUCACAGAAACAAACUGACCUCUUCUACAGCAUGUAUUCUGUGGUUUCAGUCACUCAGCAGUGGUUUGUGUUCUAAACAUUAAAAAUUCUGAUAUAGUAUGAGGUUUUAUUGGGGUUACAAUAAAGUAACCCCAUUCAACACUCCCUUCUGCACCAUCCUGAACACAUCUGCUACAUGUACAUUGUUAGGAUUUCUCUAUGAGUAGUUUGAAAGGUACAGUUUCCCACACUGCCCCCUGGCGUUUCUUCUUUGCAUGUUUUAAAUACUUGCUGUACACUGUAUGUAUAGCUGCUUCACAGGUAACAAAUCAAAGGAAAAUAAAUGAAGUCAAUAAAACAAGAAGAAGAACAGAGACCUUUAAGCAAAUGCACUGCAGCAGGUAACUGAAACAAUCCUGCAAAUGGUGAUAGAAGCAACAAAUUCGGGACAAAUACUCCUUAGACAUUACUCUAUUGAAAAACCGGUUGUCCAAUAGACAAUAGACAGCCAGGUAGGGGUCAAUUGAAAAAUUACACAGGGGUCAAAAUUAAAAGAUGCUCCAAUCAUAUUGAAAACUACACAUUAUUUGUCUGAGCA